AUAAGUUCCUAGGAAAUCCAAUAGCUCCUGCUCUCUCUAUUAUCGACAGUAAAUAAAUUUUUAAUUGAUUUAUUAAUUUACGUCAGCUACCAACUAUCACCUACUCUUAUUCGCUUCUACCUCGGCUUCUACUGUUGAUCUUAAUUAAUUGACUAGAAGAGAAAAACUCCAGAGCUAAGUUUAGACAAGAAAUGUCACAUUAAUGUGAAUCUAAUACCAAAUACUAAAUGAUGAUGAAAUAUUCAGUUACUUAUACGUUUCUUCUUUUCCUUUUCGAUUUACUCGACUCGAACCGGUUUUAUUGAUUUUUAAUGAUGUCGCAAAUAAUUAAGUUUGCUCCACACCGAGACGUGACUAACCGUUUAGGAAACGUCGCCAUCUCUUUAAGUACAUUUUCAUCGGCAUUUAAUCAGAGAAAAGGUAUCGAUCUUGAGAAAAGUGGAAGUAACUUUAAAUUGCGUUAUAUAAAGAUUAUCGCCGUUAAAGAACGUACUCACUCUAAUCAGAUCUAUAUAAUUAAUUGGAUUUAUUUUAACCGGAUGACGCGCCGUGAGUCUCUUGGACUUUAAAUGCUGAGAGAAUAUAAUUUUCUCUCGUCGUGUCAUAACUUUGAAACUUUGAAGACAAAAUGCCACAAAUUGCCAAGUUUUCACAGCAAAUGUACGUUUUCGAUGCACCUGCAAGUUUUACAGAUAAUUGAAUGGUUUAUGUAUAUAUACAUAAACAUAUAUAAACUGUAUCGAUAACAUAUUUAUUUUGAUGGAUCGCUACAACUUCAAACCUUAACGAAAGAAACGACAAGCACCGAACAUCUCGUGCUUAAUCAAUUACCACGUCAACAUCUAAAUUUUAAAGUGUAAUUUUUCUAAAUUGUGGGUGCGAGCUCAUGCUGCGAACAGAAUAAUGCAUUAUUGAUCACGAAGGAGGACAAACGGGCACGACAGCUGCAGCCGGGAUCUCAAUUCGUUAAAGCAAAUCAAUGAUCUAGCCUCUGGUACCAAUGAUUAAUUUGCCCUGUAACGCGGCCUCGAUGUCACAGGUCACGCCCUGUCAGAACGUACCCGUGCAGACGAGUCAGUAUAAUUUUCCAACAUGUCAACAACGGCAAACCAGCACUCAGCAGAUGCAAACUGCAGCAUGCGGUCCAUGCUCCGGAACUUCUCAAGGUGGACCCUUCACUCACGUUUGCCAGCCGGAUACUUACAUAGUUACGCAUCAAUGCGCGCCGGGUACAUCGCAGCCAGUAACGAAUCCAUGUCAUCCCAUCUUUCAGAACCUACCGCCCACUCGUCCCGGCUGCGGCCAGCUGCCGCAGAAUAUUUUGGACCAGAUUCGUGCGUGCGUUAACAACGCCGCGCCCAUCUUCAUUCUGCCCGGCAACUGCCAACCAUCGUUGAUAUCCCAACAACAACAACAGCAGCAGCAGCAGCAGCCGUCCCUGCCUCCUUUGGCACCUCAAAUCGCUUCCUCGCCUCCAGCGGCGUAUCCACCACCGAGCGGAUUAACUUACCCCGCCGCCUGUUAUCCGCCACCGCCGCCGUUCUACCCCUAUCCCAUGCCUCUGCCGUUCUGCGAUCCGUUUAUUCGCACCCGCGAGGCCACGCACCCGAGUUGCGGAUGUUGCCGGAAAGGGGAUGUUGACUCGACGGAGAUCAGAAACGUCUUACGCGCCGGUUGUCGUUACGACGCUACCGAUCCGGACGAGCAUCGUUGCACGCCCACCAUCGACGAUACUAUCUGCUCGAAAAGAAAUUGUCCGUCCUCGUUACAUCUCCAAGCACUGGCAUCUCAAUUUCUGUCGAUGCAAGGCAUUAUACCGUGCGCCGCCACACGGCUGGUGUUACGUAAAGUGCCGGGCUCGAAUGUGACCACCAGCAUGGAAGACGUGAUGGCGAGGGCGCAGAAGGCGAUAAACGCCCUGACGAAAGAUCAGCUGUUAUCGGAGUCGAGGAACGCGCAGCAAGUGAACGCGCUGAUCAACCUGCACAUGACGGCCAAUCCACCGCCCAACAUCAUCCCGAUUCUCACGCUGGUGCAACUGAAGAUGAAUCUGCUGAAGGCGCAGGUCGAGGGACUCGUCAAUCAAAAGAUAAUGGAGAUUCAAGGGGUUGGAGUGGAGGUGGAGACUGAUCUCAUAGAUCCCACGGUCCUCGCCCUCAAGUCUGACGCUGAGCUGCGAGACUUCCUUUCAGCACUACGGCAGAAAGAGUGCGAUGAACGAGUGAAUGUAAACUUUGCUCCAUAUCGGUCGCAGCGCGCAAUUGCAGAGACUCGGCUGAGCAACGUUCAGAAUAAGAUCCGUCAAGUGGAAGCAGAAUUCGAUCGCAGACGGUGCGCGAUGCUGCCGGCGCCGACAUUGUCAUCGCGCGUCGUGCAACAAUUCUCCAAGCCGUGUUAUUCAGCGAGAUUCGAGGAUCCCAUGAGAUUGUACAGCAUGUUGCCGCCAGACACUCCUCGUUCGCCAGAUCCGUUCACCUACGUAAAACCGCGAAGUCCCAAGAGACUGCUGCUGAAACCGUGCACGGGCAAACCAGAGACUGUUACGCGGCUCGUUGCCGUUCCAGCAGCUGGCACGCGCAGCAAUCCUCCCAAAAAUCCGGACGGUGGUAGCGGUGCCGAUCGCGCGAAGGAACAAUCCGCGACUCCCGAUCGGCAACGUUUCAGCACGGAGAAUUGCGCGUGUUGCGACAGGACGACGUCGGAGGAAAGCGUCGGCGAGGCUAAAAAAAAACUCCGACCGAGAAUCAUCGAAAUAGACGCGACGACGGUCAGUAAUGUCGAGGAAUUGGAACGCGAGGCAUUGUCCUUGAUGAAGCAGACGUCGAAUAUCUGUGUGAGAAUCGACGCGGAAGAAUACGGGGAAAGGAACGAGACGUCGGCCAACGGAAUUCCAUGCAGCGCGAAAUGUUGGACGGCCGAGGCGUACAUCAACGUCGCCGACGACGAAUCGGCGAAGACUUUAACGGAAUCUGAGAGCGACACGGUUACCCUCAGUGAGAAGAUCGAUGCGGAGGACGUUUGCGAAGCGCGAGAUGUGGUCGAGAUUCGAAGCUGCGAUCAGACGAUGGAUCAGCAGGAAUUUGGAAGUUCGUCAAACUUGCGGCAAUUUAAAAAGCAAGCAGAAGAUGAAAUCACAAUCUCAAGAAGAGAUGAAGCAAUUAAGAAACGCGACAUCGAGAUUAAAAGUUCGCGAGACGCCUCGCCGUCGGAAGCUGAUCGAGAAGAGGUGAGAGCCACAACUACUGCGGUACUUGCUAAUAAAGAUCCAAUUUCGAGUGUGCAGGAAACAGAAAGAAAGUCAUCAGACGGCAUAUGUACUUCAUCUCUAAGGAUUACGUUAAAACCAAAGGACGAAAGACGCGAGGAUGAACAGGAAGAUAAAAACGGCGAAAUCUUGCCAUCAACCGCAACGGUAGAACAAAGCACGAGUCAAGUGCCAAUGAGCACAAGCAAGAAGAAAAUAAGAUUUCACAUUGUCUCGUUGAUGACGAAUAUUGUAUACGAUAAAAGUCGUAAAUAUGCAAGAGAACGAAAAUUCGAGAAGGAUAUAGCAACAAGUGAAAGAGAGAUGAGUGUAACCACUGAUCCGGAUAUUGAAAAAUUAAAUAAUCGCCGUUCGAUAGAAAAUCUUGUAAGAACUGCCGUCGCACACAAUAUUACCGGAAAAGAUCACUCGGAGAACAUAAAAGAGAUUCCAAACAGAUUGGAUCUGCCAAAGCUCUGCUUCGAUCAUCAAUGCCAAACCGCCUUUAAGGAAGAUAAAAAUACAACCGCCGCAUUGUCAAGAGCAAAUAUAUUUCCUCCGUUCAAAAAUCUACCUAAAUAUGUAACAGAUAAUGAGAAAAACGGAGGCGACGUAGGAACUUAUCCAAGUCCGAUAACGAAAGCAGGAAUUACGGCUACAAAACGUUUAUCCCGCUGCAACGACGUCACAGGAAGUACCUUAGAAGCUCUUUGCAAGAAUAAUGUGCCUUAUCAUUCCGAUGUAGAAUGCGAAAGAAGCUUAAUUUCGAAACUAUUUUCUGUCAUUGGCAACCACGUGAUCGCGUUCAUCAAUAAAAUAAUUGGAAUGAACGGAAGAUUGUUAUAUUCAAUUCGUAACGCAAUAUUUCGUAAAAGUUUAAACAUUGAUGUCCUCAGAAGAGACGUUCCGAUAGGCGAUCAUUCCGAACUGAUUUCGAAUGAUUACGAUCCACCAGCUGGUACCUCGCAUUAUUCUUUUAGCCUGAAUUAUAAAACUUCCAAAAUUAGCGAACAUGAUUUUCGCAAUACAAACUUAUUAGGGAUUUCUACGAAAAGAGGAUAUAAUGGAAUACGUAAAAUAAAACAUUCAAUAAUUGAAGACCGGAGAAACGACACAAGAUAUUUAUUGAUCGGUACAUCAUGUCACAAUCGUGAUUUGAUACUGACGCGUGAUUUAGGUCGACCUUACAAAGUGCAGAAGAGUCUCUUGAUACGUAGUCGAUUGAAAAAUUCUCUAAAUUCGCAGGAUUACCCGUAUCCUUUUUCUCUUUUGAAACGUACUGGGAAAAAUGUACUUGAAUCUCGUCAAGCGAAACGUAACGAAAAUAUAGGAAUCAAAGAAAACGAAAUACGCGAACUAAAGAGUAGUGAAAAAAUCUGGAUAUUAUCGGGAAUUGUAAAAACAAACGGAAUUAACGGGAAAAUAUCAGAAAAGAGGGAAUAUGAUAAUGAAUCCGAAGAACAAAUUUUAAACGAAUAUUCGCACAAUAAUAUUAAAAAUGAUGACGUAUCUACCGUGCAAGAAUAUACAGUCGAUAAUACUGCAACUGACAAUGAACUCGUGAUAAACAUUCAUGAUUAUCUCAGAUUGCAAACUGAAAUAAAUACAAGUAUGUACGAAAAUUGUAGCGCAUGUUUAUUGAUAUCUAGUAAUUGAUAAAGAUUUCGGAUAAUAAUAAUGUGAUAAUUGUGAU